AUGAACUGGGAGGCUGAACUUUGUGGAAAUGAACCUGGUCCAAUGGUGGAGACUGAUGAGAAAAGUUGGUGCCGAUGCCUAAGGAUUGCCCUGAAACUGCUGGAAGAGCAUCUUCUGAAGGAUGAUGCCGGAACCACCCAGAAAACUGGCGCCCAAGCCAUGAUCGAGACGGAGCCAUCAACACCCAUGAAUGUGGAUACCUGGCCUUCGGUUCCCGUACCCUCCAAGCGUCGGGCUUCCCCUGCAUCUCCCAACAGGCAUAAACCCAAGAAAGCAAAAAUUCACCAGUGUGGUCCAAAAAUACCUGGCUCCCAGCAGCCCUCCAAUCCAUUUUCAAACCAUGAGAAGCACAAGAGAAAGGAUAAAGAAAAGACCAUCAAGUCCAUGGCGCCAUCCAGGUCCGGAUCACAGGUUCAGGUUGCAUCGCCAGAUGCCUCAGGAUCUGGACCCGGACCAUCAUCCGGCAGGACGAGAGAUGCUAUGUCCACACUCCAUGAGGUGACUACACUCCCCAAAACACUGUGGGAAGAUGUGUUGACCCCUCAGACCAUGGCCAAUUGGUCCAUAGGAGAACGCACCUCCGAGAUAUCACAGUGGGAGGUAAUGGGGGAUCAGAGUUGGUCAGAUUUUCAGGACAGAGUGCCAAUGAGACCAUGGUGA